CCCGCCCCCGGGGCGCAGCCUGCUCGUCACCGGGUUAUGCUAUCCGUACCUGAACAAAGUUGUUUCAAUCUUCCUGCACUUUUACUUCCACCCUGAGGCGUGUGUGGAACAUCCGUCAGUCAGCGCGCAGGGCUUGUGUUGCACCCUCGCCUGGGGGCCUGCAGGACGUUGCAGGAGGGCCUGCUGGAACGUCGCAGGCGCUAUGACAAGCUUUGCUGACUUUUGGGGUGUAGAGUGCUGUGAGCCCACCAGAGGGCUCACACGCUACGGAAAUGAGUAGAGUUCAGACCAGAAUUUGUAAGUAAAUGGGAUAGCAGCAUCCCAAAAUAUUCAGUGACCAGAUUCUGACAAUGGACAGAAUGCAAGGAGAGUGUGCCAGUCCUGUGCCCUCAGGAGAUGCAGAGAAGAGCAGGACUGGAGAAGAGGACCCAGGACCAACUGUGUUGGGAAAAGCACAUGAGUUCUUUCAGAUUUGUGAUGUGGAAGGCAAAGGCUUCAUCACUUGCCAAGAUAUGCAGAGACUGUAUCCUGAGUUACCUCUUAGCCUGGAAGAGCUUGAAAAAGUUUUUGUUAUGUUGGAUGCGGAUGGCAAUGGGUCACUUACCCCAAAGGAGUUCACCACAGGAUUCAGCCAGUUUCUUUUGGGGCAGAUUGCUUUAAAUAAAGAAAUGCAACAAUCGGAAGCUGAAACAGCCUGCCUACCUAAAAGUGAAGAGACUGUGAGAGAUGAUGAGGAGGAGGAAUUCCAGUUCUUAAAUCUGAUGGAUCGGCUUGGAGCAAAAAAGGUCUUGGAGGAUGAAAGUGAUGUGAAGCAGCUUUGGUUGCAGCUGAGAAAAGGUGAAUCUCACUUACUUUCCAGUUUUGAAGAGUUACUGGCCAGAAUUUUUUCCCAGCUCCAUGAUGCAGAUAAUGAAAAGAAUGAGUUGGAAUGGGCUCUAAAAAAAAAAACUGCAGCUUUUGAUGAAGAAAUUCAAAAUCUCUAUGAAGAAAUGGAACAGCAAAUCAAAAAGGAGAAAGAGCAGUUUCUCUUGAAAGACGCAGAGAGGUUUCAGUCCUAUAGCCAAGAGCUGGAGUGCAAGCUCCUGUCGAAAGAGCAAGAACUGGAACAAUUGGUUCAAAACCAGAAAAGGUUGGAGCAACAAUGUACAGAACUUCUCAGUGGCAAACAAGAAACCAAAGUAGAGAAUGCCAAGCUGAAGCUGACUAACCAGGAGCUGCUGGAUGACCUAGUGAGAACUUCUCAUGAUCUGCAUUUGGCUCAACAACAGUUACAGGUUCUUCAGGAGGAAGCAUCAAGGCUAAAUGAGGAAAAGGAAAUAGAAGUAUACCGUGUGACAGAAACCUUACAGAGGGAGAAGUCAGGACUUCUGAAACAGCUGGAUUUCUUAAGGGAGAGGAACAAACACCUCAAAGAUGAACGUGACAUAUUUUUACAGCAAUGCAAAACAAGUGCUCGAAAAGCCAGCUGGAAGCAAAGAACAGGGUCUGUCAUUGGGAAAUACAUAGAAGGCAAUGUGCUGCCUAGUAGCUGUUCAUUUGAAGAUGAUGUUUUCAAUAACUCAUCAAAAAGAAUGAAUUCUGCUGGAUUGAAUGGAUUUCCCUCUGUUGAUCCUGAUGCUGGAGCCACUGGAGGAAUGUCUAAAGCAUCCCAUCUCCAAAGAAUAAUAUCAAUUGAGGAAGAUCAUUUACCCCAGCUUCUUGAUAGGUCGGUUGAUAAGCAGCUGAGCAAACAGACAGAAGAUGAGAGUACUUCUUUUGAGAUGGAAUUAGAUAAGAAAAACACAGAACCAUCAAUGGAACACUCACCACCAUCUUCUAGAGGGCAACCAGCAGGGAAGGAAGCGCUUUCAAAUGAGGAGGUAAUAAAAUCUGUCCCUGACCGCUUAUUCAAGAUAAUUUUUGUGGGCAAUUCAAGUGUCGGAAAGACUUCAUUCUUAAGACGAUUUUGUGAAGAUCGUUUUUUCCCAGGCACAGCUGCCACUGUAGGUGUGGAUUACAAUGUGAAAACCAUCACAGUAGAUAAUACCCAGGUAGCCCUACAACUCUGGGACACUGCUGGCCAGGAACGGUACCGAAGUAUUACCAAGCAGUUUUUCAGAAAAGCUGAUGGUGUCAUUGUAAUGUAUGAUAUAACAGCAAAAGACACAUUCACAGCUGUCAAGCAGUGGCUGAUAAGCAUUGAGGAGGAAACAGGGGAGAAUGUACCUGUGCUUUUGCUGGGUAAUAAAACUGAUAAUGAAAAGGAACGCGAGGUCCCUAAUGGAAUGGGAGAGCAUCUUGCUAAGGACUACAAUUUAAUUUUCUAUGAAUGCAGUGCAUAUUCUGGGCACAAUACCAAAAAGUCUGUGCUUCACUUAGCUAGGAUUUUAAAGGAACAUGAAGAUAAAAUGAAAGAGAAAACCAUUGUACUUCAACCUGAUGUGAAUAAAAAGUCUUGCUGUAUUAGGCCAUAAUAUGCUGGGGGUAUGUUUAGACAAAAGGCUCACAUUUAUAACACACUACAUGGAACCAUCAGAUUUGCCUUAUCUUCCAAAAAUUUAUUCUGCUGUGUUUGGAACGUAGAUGUAAGUGAUCCCCAAAAUCCUUGUAUGUUCUUAUCUUCACAUUUACACUGAUUGUCUUUAGUUAGUUGCAACAUGUUUGGGGCAUAACAGUCUGUUAUUCUGUUUUAUGCCUAACACCACUGAAUCCUGCUUUGUGAUCAGGUUUAUAGAAGCUGCUGCAUUAUUAAUAGUAAAGAACUUUUAUAGGAAGAAAACCACUUUGAAAAUGAAGUAGAUUUUACUGGUGUGGAUGACAUCUGAAUAGUUCUGUUUGCUUCACUGCAGGAUCAGGUUCUUCAGAUCCUGAUUUUGUGCUGACAUUUGUCAUUUGACUUUUUUUUUUUUUUUUGUGGUGGUGGUGCUUUUUUUAAAAUCAAAAUAGUCAGCUGCUUAGUUGCUUAAAACCCGCACACCAGCAGUUGUGAAUUUCAGAUGGUAUUUCAAAACUUAGUGUGAAAUAUACAUGAACAAAGAGCUGAAGAACUUUGAAGAUUAUCCUAAGUAGCAUUAAUUUAUUCACACUACAAAUUGUUUCAUAUAUGUACUUGAUGAGAAGCCCUUCCUCCCACCUAGAUGUGCUGAAUUAGGUAUGUCCAUACAGGCCACUGAGAUACCGUGGAGCCUUGCCUGAGUUAUUACCAAAUAAUCUGUGAUGUUUGCAGGGUGAAGGGGUGCCAUGGAAAGAUCUAGCUUAGUUUCCAGAAACAAAAAAGUCAUGGUGAUACACUGGCUAAUUAGCAUUGCACUUGGACCAAAUCAGCCCGGGCUCUUUACCGUAUUUGCCAUGGUUGUAUUGCAUUGUGUUCCAGAGCUUGAUGUGAACCUCUAUUGGGCUAAUAGUUGCAUGGUGUCCUGUAGAAGUCCAAAAGCAAUCAGGUGCUAGCUUGAACAUUCAAAUAAAUUCACUGUCAUAGGUGAAAACAUAGAUGUACAUAGGAAGCCCAUUUCACUGUUAUAGAUGGUUAUAGCACAAAACAUAUUAUGGUCAAUGGAGCAGCUUUUUGUCUCCAAAAGUCUACUACAGACGGUUUUGUGCCAAAUAUUCCUGAGGCAGAAUUUUUAGAAAUGGAUCUUUUGAGGAAGAUUUUGAAAAACAUUAUAGCGUUUGAGGAAUACGUAACAAAAAUCUCACUAAUCUCAUCUGGUGGGGUUUAAUAAUGUUAAGAAAAAAUCCCUCUUCAUCUACCAAAAUAAAUGACUGAUUUUUUCUAAAGUAUCUGCCAUACAGCAGUUUGCUUUUGUUUAACCAGAGCCUGCUAACACUGAAAUACAUGUUCAGUGCUUGAAAUCAAACCCAUAGGGAUUUGUUUUAGAAAACCAUGGUCCACCCUGGAUCAUAAAAAAACACGAAUGUUAUAAUUACUUUUGGAACCAUUUAUAGAAUAUAAAAUGAAAAUGAGAAACUUGAGAGUAGGUCACCCAACCAGCACAUGAUCAGCAGUCAUUCUUGCUGGCAUUUGACUUCAGUGAAUCCAGCUAUUGUGAUAAGCAUUCAAGAAUGAUUGUUCAUGAUGGUGAGUUUGUUAGCAAAGCAGAACCCAUGGCAUAAUUUAUUUCUUCAAAAUAUGAAGCAAAGCUAUAAAUAUUUUAUGAGAAUGUUACAGACAUUACAUUUUCAAUUCAUUUUCUAAAUGUUUUUAAAAAGUUAUUUUUCAUUGGAGUAAUGAAUUUGAAACUAAAUGGUAAAAUUAAGCAACAGUUCAAUAAGUAAUAAUAAGUAGAAUUUUUCAAAUAAAAACUUUGUCAGUACAUAAUUGUGCUCUUUGGAUUUCAGUCUGAUCAAAGGUAUUUAUCUAGUAGCAAUAAUUAUACGGUAAAGUUUGGAAGCUUCCACUUAUAACAAUUCCUAUUUCACACCAGCACUUAACUGUUCUUUUUCAUGAGUUGGGAUCCAACUACGACCCCUUUCCCUGUCAAGUAGAAUAACCAGGAUUUUUCCUCACAUUAUCAAUGUCAGAUGUACCAAGUAGUCCUAGAUGAGCUUAGUUGUUGCUUUUUCCGAGAUGAUUCCUGGGAAUCUGCUCACCCAAAUGAAAUACCCUUCCCCUUGCUUUUAUUGAGAUGCAUACAAACUCUCAAAGAACAAAAAGAGCAUUCGUUUCUGAAUAGGAACAGGUUUUCUGUUGGCUUCCCAAGACCGAUUAUUGAUGUCUGUUACUUAUUGUGAAGGGAUGUGUCACUUUAUCAAGUGUUACACUUUAUUCGUCAUGGGAAUCUAGCCAGACUUGAAUUGCUUGUGUCCAGUUUUGGCUGAAAGUGAACUAACGCAACCCCCUAAUUUAAACCUCAAUAAAAAUAACUAUUUAUCCCAAUUUCAAUCAGGGAAGAAGCAUCAUUGAUUUAAUUAUUGGCUUUUCUAAUUGACUGCAAAUAUUCUCUUCCCAUGCAGUAGGGUGUUUCCUACUCCAUCAAUGUCAGAAUUAGCAAUGUUUCUUCCAACCUCUAUCGACCUCAGGAAGACAGUUUCAAGGCUUAAUACCAGCUUUAAUACAAUACCACUGUAUUUCACAUUCAGGUCCUACAUUGUUAAUUCCCUGAAGACCAAACUGUUUUUGCAAGACAAUGACAUGUGAGUUGGAUCUUCCUCAUGUGACUUUUACAGGAGUGCUUUUAUUUGGAUGUAUUUUAGUGUGCACAGAAAGUUUGCAAGCAGGAUAAUACGGAACUUGAGGGAAGGCAAUGGUAAGGAGUGACUGAAUCCUGGGACCAAGUGGAUAUCUUUUUCUUUGUUCACCAGAGGCAAAUUUGGUGCAGUCUACUAUCCAUGAGAUAUCUUUCAUCCCAGACUAAUAAAUAUGUCUGCAGUUGUUCUUUUUCUAAAGUCCAACAAAACCCAACCUGCAAAGAUAGAGAUACACAACACUAACAUCAUCAGCUGCACAGAUAACAGAGAACUGUGUCUUCACUGCUCAUCACAAGCAGUGAAGCUUAUGAGCUACAAAAUUAGCAGGAGAGACAGGCAGGGAAGGAAGGGUGGGCGUGUUACCCUCUGUGUUAAGAAAUGGAUAGAUUGUGAAGAGUUCCUUUUAAAAAACAGCCAAGAGCAGGUUGAGAGCCUGUGGGUAAAAAUUAAGAACCAGACCAACAAAGUGUGUUGUGGCUGGAGUCUUCUACAGGCCACCUGACCAAGAGGAGUCUUUUGAAGAGGCCUUGCUCCAACUACAGGAAAGCAUUGCGCUCACAGGCUCUCAUCCUCCUGGGGGAUUUCAACCAUCUGGAUGUUUACUGGGAAAACCACGCGGCAGAAAACAAGCAAUCCAGGAGAUUCCUGGAGUCCAUUGAAGACAAUUUCCUCAUCCAGGUAUUAGACAAAACAACCACAAGAGAGGCAUUACUUGACCUGGUAAUCACCAACACAGCAGAGCUCAUUAAAGAAGUCAAGAUUGGAGGAAGCCUAAGUUGCAGUGACCACACCCUGGCUGAGUUUGUGAUCUCGAGGGAUAUGGGCCUAGCUAAGAGCAAAGUCAGGACCCUGAACUUCAGAAGAACCAACUUCCAACUGUUCAAAGAAUUAGUGAAUGAGAUCCAUCCCAUGGGACAUGGUCCUUAGGGACAGAGGAUCUGAUCAGAGCUGGCAAAUCUUCAAGGAUAUUUCCUUGGAGCGCAAGAGCUCUCUAUUCCCAUAUGUAAUAAAUCAAUCAGGGAAGGUAGGAAACCAUCGUGGCUGAAUAAGGACCUGCUGGUCAAACUUAGGCAAAAGGAAAUGCACAGAUGGUGAAAACAGAGCCAUGAGCACUAGGAAGAGUACAGAAAUGCUAGAUUUUUAUUAAUGAUUGAACAGUAUGGUUACUGUGGAGACUACACAGUACACAUGUAACACAAGCCAGUUAGCUUAAUAAGCUGCUAGCAAGUAGAAACAAUGAUAACUAAAAUCUGGCUGCUUCACCUUCAGUGGAUCAUUAAAUUGUCACUUCUUCUACCAAAUGUCUGAUUUUAAAGAAAUGUGUAGGAAUACAUUCUAGUAUUGCUGCCUGGAUGUGCAGGGAUGGAAUCAGGAAAGCCGAGGCACUGGCAGAACUAAACUUGGUGAGGGAUGCAAAGAAUAACAAGAAUAACAAGUUCUACAGGUACAUUGGCCACAAAAGAAAGACUAAAGAGAACAUAUCGCCUCUGCAGAUGAAGAUGGAGAACUGGUAACGACAGAUGUGGAGAAGGCAGAGGCACUUGACAACUUCUUUACCUCGGUCUUAACUAGUGGUCAGGCUUCCCACAUCUCUCGAGUCUCUGAACCUUUAGGUGGGGGAUGGGGGAGCACAGUCCCUCCCACUGUAAGUGAAGAGCAAAGUUUGGGACCUCCUGAUGCAACUUAACAACUGCAAGUCUAUGGGCCUUGGAGACGUGCAUCCCAAGGUCCUGGAGGAAUUGGCUGAUGUAGUUGCCAAGCCACUCUCCAUCAUAUUUGAAAACUCAUCUGUCAGGUGAAGUCCCUGGUGACUGGAAAAAAGGAAACUCACUCACAUUUUUAAAAAGGGUAGAAAGGAAGAAUCAGGGAACUACAGAGCAGUGAUUCCUUCUGAGAUCCUUCAGAUCCUCCAACUGCAACAAAUGGGAGAUGGAAAAGUACAGGGAUGCAUGUUUAUCGGCAAAUGUUCUGGAACUCUGUGGAGCUGGCUGGAAUCCAUAUUUUUAAUAAAUUUUUUUACCCAGAUCUAA